AUGGCCUCCAACCCGCCCGGAAAGUGCUGCACCACCGGCUUCAAGCACGAGGGUGCUUCUGCCGGCAAGAUUGAAAAGGUUGCUGGCAUCAGCACCUACCUCGCCUACCCCGAGAACAAGAGCACCGAGAACGCCAUCCUGAUCCUGACCGACAUCUUCGGCCAUGAGUUCAUCAACGUCCAGCUUCUCGCCGACCAGUUCGCCGCAAACGGCUACUUCGUCGUCAUCCCCGACCUCUUCAACGGCGACCCCGUCCCCGUCGACAUGCCCGCCGACUUCGAGCUCAUGAAGUGGCUCGGCGGCCACGGCGUGCCGCAGGUCGACCCCAUCGUCGACACCGUCGUCAAGGAGCUCAAGGGCAAGCUGGGCGUCAAGCGCCUCGGCGGCGUCGGCUACUGCUUCGGCGCCAAAUACGUCGUGCGCUUCCUCAAGAACAGCCAGAUCGACGUUGCCUACCUCGCCCACCCGUCCUUCGUUGACGCUGAAGAGCUCAAGGCCAUCCAGGGCCCCGUCAGCAUCUCCGCUGCUGAGACCGACAACAUCUUCCCUGCCCCCAAGCGUCGCGAGUCCGAGGACAUCCUGGUCGACAUCAAGGCUACCUACCAGAUCAACCUCUUCUCCGGUGUCGAGCACGGCUUCGCCGUCCGUGGCGACCUGUCCAAGAAGCAUGUCAAGUGGUCCAAGGAGCAGGCCUUCUACCAGUCCGUUGCUUGGUUCGACCAGUACCUUAAGGCUUAA